CAUGAUUGUUUCUUACAUUCACAACAUAAAGUCCUACUUGUACUUACAAACCUCUGAUACUCUUUGAAAUACGCAUAUCACAAAGCUGAAUUAUCAUGCUGGACCCUCGAACCUUCCCUCGUCCGCCAGCCUUACAGCAGAUCAAAAAGAACAUAUUGAUCAAGUUCAAGGAUGGCCAAACAAUCGCAUCUACAGAUCGUGCUUAUUGGGUCCUGGAGACAUAUCACCCACCAACCUACUACUUACCGCCAGACUCAAUCAAGUUAAACCUGACUCCCACCUCUCGACGCACCUUUUGUGAGUGGAAGGGGGUUGCCACAUACUUCAGCUUUACCACACCAGGAGGCGAACAAGUAGACAGUCGAGCUUGGACAUACGAAGAACCUACUCCAACUUUCGCCGAGAUCAAGGACUAUGUCUCGUUCUAUGCUGACCCGCGUUGGGAAUGCUAUGUGGACGGGGAGCUAGUUGAGCCUCAGCCUGGUGACUUUUACGGUGGCUGGAUGACCAGCGAUAUCGUCCGCAAGUCCGUCAAGGGUGCACCUGGCACCCGAGGUUGGUGAGGUCGUUAUUGCUCUAGAACUUGUGUCGUUUGGAGGCCAUGUAUGACCAUAAUUUAAUUCAAGAACAGAAUUCAAACUUAUUCUUGAUCAUUCUCC